AGCAGACCAAUAUGCCAUUAUUGUAUAAAUUUCACAUUUUAUUUAUCCGUUCAUCUAUUGAUAGAUAUCAACAAGGCUGCUUCCGAGAUAGUUAUAAUGAGGUGUGCUGCUAUAAACACAGGCAUGUGAAGAUGCCAGAUGUGGAGUUUUUUGUUAAUCUGGGAGACUGGCCUUUGGAGAAGAAGAAAUCCAGCUCAAAUAUCCACCCGAUCUUUUCCUGGUGUGGCUCCACAGAUUCCAGGGAUAUCGUCAUGCCGACCUAUGACUUGACCGACUCUGUUCUGGAAACUAUGGGCCGAGUCAGUCUGGACAUGAUGUCUGUGCAGGCCAACACGGGCCCGCCCUGGGAAAGAAAGAAUGCCACGGCCCUCUGGAGAGGCCGAGACAGCCGCAAAGAGCGACUGGAGCUGGUGAAGCUCAGCAGGAAGCACCCAGAGCUCAUCGACGCUGCCUUCACCAACUUUUUCUUCUUUAAACAUGAUGAGAGCCUGUAUGGGCCCAUCGUGAAACACAUCUCAUUUUUCGAUUUCUUCAAGCAUAAGUAUCAAAUAAAUAUUGAUGGCACUGUAGCAGCGUAUCGCCUGCCAUAUCUACUGGUGGGCGACAGCGUCGUGCUGAAGCAGGACUCCAUCUACUACGAGCACUUUUACAAUGAGCUACAGCCCUGGAAACACUACAUCCCAGUUAAAAGCAACCUGAGCGACCUGCUGGAGCAACUCCAGUGGGCCAAAGAUCAUGACGAAGAGGCAAAGAAGAUUGCCAAAGCAGGGCAAGAAUAUGCAAGAAAUAAUCUCAUGGGUGAUGACAUAUUCUGUUAUUAUUUCAAACUCUUCCAGGAGUAUGCCAGCCUGCAGGUCAGCGAGCCCCAGAUCCGAGAGGGCAUGAAGAAGGUGGAAGCACAGACUGAAGAUGACCUCUUCCCGUGCUCGUGCCACAGGAGACAGACCAAAGAUGAACUCUGACUCACAGAAUACUUUCCGUUCAAAUAAUGGUGCUCUCAAGACUCUUCUUGGCUGAAAAGAAGAAUAUUUUUCAAGUAUUAGUUGUACAGAUGAUAUAAAAUCUGUGAGAUCGUUUGCAUUAUGAAGACAUUUCUGCUUAUGCAGUAUUUCCAUGACUAUCCUCAAAAGCACAUUUUUAGAAUUUUAUAAUAAAAUCACAUUUAUU